AUGCAAGAUUCCGAUGAUCGAGUAAUGCUAUGUCCUUUCAUUGACUAUGCUCAAGAACCAAUACUUCCGCUUGCUGAUGCAUGCAUACCGUUAAUAUUCAUUAUUCCCGAUAUACUCAUGUAUGUCUCAAUGGCUUUAGAACGCACUCCAGAUAAUCCACCCGAUGAACUGACUCGUGAUGAAUCAGCUUCAAUUCAUCUCUACACAAUGGAGGAGAGUAAUACAGGCAGAAGUCUUUAUUCUCAUCUUAAUCAUACUCUUAAGCGAGGUGGUCCAGAAGAAUUACAACCAUGGUUCAAAUAUCUUAAACUUUUUCUUACUGCCUUGGUUGAAAUACCAUGUUCAACAGCACAGGUCGUAUGGGGUGGUGUGCGAAAAAAUGCUACUAAUGAAUUUCCGAAAGGAGCUCAAAUAACAUGA